AGCCGGCAGGAUGUCGCUGAAGGAGGGGGCCCAGCGCAAGUGGGCGGCGCUGAAGGAGAAGCUGGGGCCGCAGGAGGGGGACCCCGCGGAGGCCAACCUGGAGAGCGCCGAGCCGGAGCUGUGCGUGCGGCUGCUGCAGGUGCCCUCGGUGGUCAACUACUCCGGGCUGCGCAAGCGUCUGGAGAGCAGCGACGGCAGCUGGAUGGUGCAGUUCCUGGAGCAGAGCGGCCUGGACCUGCUGCUCGAGGCCCUGGCGCGCCUGUCCGGCCGCGGCGUGGCCCGCAUCUCCGACGCCCUGCUGCAGCUCACCUGCGUGGGCUGCGUGCGCGCCGUCAUGAACUCCCGGCCGGGCAUGGGCUACAUCCUGGGCAACCAGGCCUACGUGCGCCAGCUCUCCCUGGCGCUGGACACGUCCAACAUGAUGGUCAAGAAGCAGGUGUUCGAGCUGCUGGCCGCCCUGUGCAUCUAUUCCCCCGAGGGCCAUGCCCUGGCCCUGGAUGCUCUGGAUCAUUAUAAGACCGUGUGCAGCCAGCAGUACCGCUUCAGCGUCAUCAUGGCCGAGCUGGCCGACAGCGACAAUGUGCCCUACGUGGUCACCCUGCUCAGCGUGGUCAACGCCCUCAUCCUGGGCACCGAGGACCUGCGGGCCCGCACCCAGCUGCGCAGCGAGUUCAUAGGGCUGCAGCUGCUGGACAUUCUGACGCGCCUGUGGGACCUGGAGGACGCCGACCUGCUGAUCCAGCUGGAGGCCUUCGCUGAGGCCAAGGCGGAGGACGAGGACGAGCUGCGGCGAGUGUGUGGUGGCGUGGACAUGAACAGCCACCAGGAGGUCUUCGCCUCCCUGUUCCACAAGGUGAGCUGCUCGCCGGCGUCCGCCCAGCUGCUGUCCAUGCUGCAGGGCCUCCUGCUCCUGGAGCCCACCCUGCGCUCCAGCCAGCUGCUCUGGGCCGCCCUGGAGAGCCUGGUGAACCGGGCAGUGCUCCUGGCCAGCGACGCAGAGGGAUGCACCCUGGAAGAGAUGGUGGAGCGGCUCUUGUCCAUCAAGGGGCGACCGCGCCCCAGCUCCCUGGACAAGGCCCACAAGAGCGUCCAGGCCGACCUGGGGCAGAGUCAGAGGGGCAGCGCCCCCAAAAGCUCCAACACCAUGAAGGCGGGUGUGGAGAGCCAGCAGCAGGCAGCUGCCCCCGCCAGCCAACAGGGGUGCAGCAGCCGGAGCCCCAAGGCAGUGAGGACUCCUCAGCCACCAGCUUCACCCUCCCCGGCACCCUCUCUCCCCCCUCCACCACCCCCACCACCCCCACCCCUCCCUGACAUGGGGUGCCCACCCGCAACCCCCCUGCCCGGUGCGGGCUGGAGCCCCACGGGGGGCGUGGAGGACGUCAUCCUGGCCCAGGUGGACCACGGGCUGGGCUCUGCCCGGGUCCCCAGCCACCGGCGAGUGCACCCGCCCACGCUGCGCAUGAAGAAGCUCAACUGGCAGAAGCUGCCGUCCAGCGUGGCACGCGAGCACAGCUCCAUGUGGGCCGCGCUGAGCAGCCAGGGCGCCGAGGUGGAGCCUGACUUCUCCAGCAUCGAGCGGCUCUUCUCCUUCCCGCUGGCCAAGCCCAAGGAGCCGGCGGCCGCCCCGGCCAGGAAGGAGCCCAAGGAGAUCACCUUUCUGGACCCUAAGAAGAGCCUGAACCUCAACAUCUUCCUGAAGCAGUUUAAAUGCUCCAACCAGGAGAUUGUGGCCAUGAUCCGGGCGGGGGACACCACCAGGUUCGACGUGGAGGUCCUCAAGCAGCUGCUCAAGCUCCUGCCCGAGAAGCACGAGGUUGAGCACCUGCGCUCGUUCACGGAGGAGCCGGCCAGGCUGGCCAGCGCCGACCGGUUCUACAUGCUGCUGCUGGGCAUCCCCUGCUACCAGCUGCGCGUCGAGUGCAUGCUGCUGUGCGAGGGCUCGGCCGUCUUGCUGGACACGGUGCUGCCCAAGGCCCAGCUGGUGCUCGCUGCCUGUGAAGGCCUGCUCACCAGCCACCAGCUGCCCGUCUUCUGCCAGCUGAUCCUGAAAAUUGGGAACUUCCUCAACUAUGGCAGCCACACCGGGGACGCAGACGGCUUCAAGAUGAGCACCCUGCUCAAGCUGACGGAGACCAAGUCCCAGCAGAGCCGCGUGACGCUGCUGCACCACGUGCUGGAGGAGGCGGAGAGGAGCCACCCCGACCUCCUGCAGCUGCCCCAGGAGCUGGAGGCGCCCUCCCAGGCAGCAGGGAUCCACCUGGAGCUCAUCCACUCCGAGUCCAGCGCCAGCCUGGCGAAGCUGGAGGAGAUGGCACGCAGGGUGGGGGGCUCAGCCCCCGAGGUGCAGGGACAGUACAGCCAGCGCCUCCAGGCCAGCAUCGAGGCCUCCCGGGCGCUGGAUGAGGUGUUCCAGGCCAUCGCGCAGAAGCGGCAGGAGCUGGCCGCCUACCUGUGCGAGGACCCCCAGCAGCUGAGCCUGGAGGACACCUUCAGCACCAUGAAGGCCUUCCGCGACCUCUUCGUCCGCGCCCUGAAGGAGAACAAGGACCGGAAGGAGCAGGCCGCCCGGGCCGCGCGGAGGAAGCAGCAGCUGGCGGAGGAGGAGGCUCUGCGGCCCAGGGGCCAGGCCGGGAGGCCAGGCCGGCCAGGAGGCGGGCAGCAGGAGGAGGUGUGCCUCAUCGACGCCCUGCUGGCGGACAUCAGGAAGGGCUUCCAGCUGCGGAAGACAGCCCGCGGCCGGGCGGACGCUGAGGCGGGCGGCAGGCCGGGCCCCCCGGCCCCCCCGCGGGAUGAGGAGCCAGCCGGCCCCGGCUCGCUGGCAGGAGGCGCCAGCUGCCCCCACGCCACCGCCCAGCCUGGUCUGGACGCCACCAGGGAGUCGCAGGCUUGGGACCUCGUGGACGCCGUCCCCCCUGGUCCGCAGCCGCCUGCAGAGCCGUCGGGGGAGGGCCUUCCCGGGCCCCUGGAGCGGCAGGCCUCCUGGUACAUGGAUGCCAGCGAGACCCUGGCCCCGGGGGACCCCGAGAGCCCCCAGCCCUCCACAGGGGCCUGGCCGGGGGCGCUGUGCGACACACAGCCCUUGAAGCCCCUCCCGUUCGGCAGCGGCCCGCUGCCCAGGGCCAUGAAUGCCCACCAAGACCCCGAGGCCCCCACAGCGCCGGGAGGCGUCUGCCAGGCCCCGGCGGACAGCACCAGCGACAGGCUGGAGAACACAGCUGCGCCCGGCCACGGUGCUGGGCUCCCUGGUGCUGGCCCCGGCGAGGAUGGGGACGAGGAGGACACAGCCCCGGAUUCUGCGCUGGACACGUCCCUGGACAGAUCCUACUCUGAGGACACGGUGACCGACUCCUCGGGGUCCGGCACCCUUCCCAGACCCCGUGGCCGUGCUUCCAAGGGCACCGGCAAGCGAAGGAAGAAGCGCCCAUCCCGGAGCCAGGAAGGCCUCAGGCCCAAGCCCAGAGCAAAGUGAGGGACCAAGUGCGGCUGAGCGGGCUUCUGGGCCGGGCUGGGACCGGCCUCAGACACCAGAACUCCGUGCCUUACCCGGCCAGGCCUGGGCUGUGCUGGGCCCUCAGGCCCCCAGGGUCUGGCGGACGGGACCCCAGUAGGCACUGGCCGGGCCACCUGGCGCCCCAGCCCUCCUGCUGCUUUGCCCCAGCACACCUGUCGGCCCCAACUGCCUGGUGGGGCGUCUGUCAGGGCUGCUCACACGGCUCGCAGGAGCCCCAGGACCCAGGCAAGGGGUCCACUCGGCCGGCCCCUGCCCUGCGGCCUGCUGUCCGUCUGCCCCAUGCUAGAGCUGGGCGGCAGCGUCAAGCCCAGAGGUGAAUGGGGUGUCUCCUGUGUGGGCCGCUGAGACAGCAGGCAGGGGCCCCUCCCAGCACGCACAGCCCCCGGCGGCACUGCCCGCCCACGCCAGGGCCUGGCCCCUCACUCCGCCUGCUGUCCGCUGCUCCUACCUCCAGCCGAGCUCUGCUGUCCCCAGCCAAGGACCCCUGGGGUGCAAGGCCCAGACAAGAGCUGCACCCGCCCUCAGCUGCCCCAUGCCUCCCC